AUGUCGGAGCCUUAUGACCCAUAUGUUGCGCCCUCGGGCAGCGGUGCCCAGGGUAACAACAGGACUGCGGGUAAGUGGAUCGGAUGAUGCGGUUCUGUCUCUCUGGAGUGCCGGGCGCAUCCAAGCUGGAUUGCUCACUCGACUUCUACUUUCCCUGCUCUCCUACGACUCGUCGAUCCGACCAAUCCUUAUUCGCAUGCCUCCUCACGAUGCAUCUCGGGAAACGAUGCUGCUCUACAUUGAUCGUGCGGCGAUCUGCGAACCGCAGCUAUUCAGCAGCAGAUUGAUGAGACGGUUGGAGUGAUGAGGGACAACUUGCAGAAGGUGUCGGAGCGUGGCGAGGGACUCAACGACUUGCAGGGCAAGACUGGUGAGUAGUCGGACUGUCACGGUCGUCUUAAGUAGGGUAGGGUCGGCAGGAUGAAAGCAAGAGAUGAGCUAUCAAGCCGUGAUCGCCCGUAGCAAAGAACCGCAAGGAGCGCACGCGAAGGCGCAUUGCUGGGGAAGUCACGGAGGAAGUAAUGUAGCCCACGUCGUUUGUUUUCUUUGGGGGGACCCGCGGGAGAGAGGAGGGGGGGGGCAAAGUACCUGCGAUGCCAACCACAUCGUCAGUGUCUGCCAUAUUGUCUACCCACACCAAGGCAUACCGGUGCGGCUGCACGACCCGCACGCUGGCCUCCAGGUCGGCCUCGUGUAGCGAAAGGCUACUUUCGCAGUGUGUGUGCUCCUUUCGACCACCUCGGAGGAUGAAAGCUAAAUCGAGGCGAGAAGCGAUUCAAAACGCGAGCAAUGGCGUCUGCUCGAGCAACGAGCGCGUGGAGGUCUUUGGCGCAGAAGAUCAGCUAUGCGAGCCUUCGGCGGACAGGUUUCCGGGAUGGAAUCUAGCGCUGUUGUAUUGCUGCUUAGGAGCUGCUGCUGACCAGGUUGCUUAUGCGACAUUUUACUUUGCAGAUAACCUCGCUGUUUCGGCGCAAGGUUUCCGUCGUGGUGCCAACCGAGUCCGCAAGCAAAUGUGGUGGAAAGACGUGAGUGCUGAAGAGCAUGCGACAAGCGAAAGCCUACAAUACGCCAGAUGGAAGCUGAUUUGCGUCCGCUUCUACUGUGUUGCUCGUCGUGUAACAGAUGAAGAUGCGCAUCAUCAUCAUUGUGGGCAUCAUCAUCUUGCUUUGCAUCAUCAUCAUUCCCAUCGUCGUCAAGACUUCUGGCAAGUAG